AUGACUUUGACCGUCGAGCUCAAGACCCCGGCGACGGGCACCUACCAGCAGCCCAUCGGCCUGUUCAUCAACAACGAAUGGGUUGAGGGUGUCGACAAGAAGAAGUUCGAGGUCAUCAACCCCUCCACCGAGGAGGUCAUCACCUCAGUCUGUGAGGCCACCGAGAAGGAUGUCGAUCUCGCCGUCUCCGCCGCCCGCAAGGCUUUCGAGACCACAUGGCGCCAGGUCACUCCCACGGAGCGCAGCCGCCUGCUUCUCAAGCUCGCCGACCUUGUCGAGAAGAACCUCGACCUCCUCGCCGCCGUCGAGUCCCUUGACAACGGCAAGUCCAUCACCAUGGCCAAGGGCGAUGUCGGCGCCGUUGCCGCCUGCAUCCGUUACUACGGUGGCUGGGCCGACAAGAUUGAGGGCAAGACCAUCGACAUUGCCCCCGACAUGUUCCACUACACCCGCGAGGAGCCCAUUGGUGUCUGCGGUCAGAUUAUUCCCUGGAACUUCCCCCUGCUCAUGCUUGCCUGGAAGAUCGGCCCUGCCCUGGCCACCGGCAACACCAUUGUCAUGAAGACGGCCGAGCAGACGCCCCUGUCUGGUCUCGUCUUCGCCAACCUCGUCAAGGAGGCCGGCUUCCCCGCCGGUGUCUUCAACCUCAUCUCCGGCUUCGGCAAGGUCGCCGGUGCUGCCAUCUCUUCCCACAUGGACAUCGACAAGGUCGCCUUCACCGGCUCCACCGUCGUUGGCCGCGCCAUCAUGAAGGCCGCCGCCGCCUCCAACCUGAAGAAGGUCACCCUCGAGCUGGGUGGCAAGUCCCCCAACAUCGUCUUCGCCGACGCCGACAUCGAGCAGACCAUCUCUUGGGUCAACUUCGGCAUCUACUUCAACCACGGCCAGUGCUGCUGCGCCGGCACGCGUAUCUUCGUCCACGAGAGCAUCUACGACAAGUUCCUCGAUGCCUUCAAGAAGCGCGCCCAGGCCAACAAGGUCGGCGACCCCUUCAACGCCGAGACUUUCCAGGGCCCCCAGGUCAGCCAGCUGCAGUACGACCGCAUCAUGGGCUACAUCAAGUCCGGCAAGGAGGAGGGCGCCACUGUGGAGAUUGGCGGUGACCGCCACGGUGACAAGGGCUACUUCAUCCAGCCUACCAUCUUCUCUAACGUUCGUCCCGACAUGAAGAUCAUGCAGGAGGAGAUUUUCGGCCCCGUCUGCGCCAUCUCCAAGUUCAAGGACGAGGAGGAGGUCAUUUCCCUGGGCAACAACACCUCGUACGGUCUGGCCGCCGCUGUCCACACCCGGGACCUCAACACGGCCAUCCGCGUCAGCAGCGCUCUGAAGGCCGGCACCGUCUGGGUCAACUGCUACAACCUCCUGAAUCACGCUCUUCCCUUCGGCGGCUUCAAGGAGUCCGGACUGGGCCGAGAACUUGGCGAGGAGGCUCUCAAGAACUACACGCAGCACAAGUCUGUGGCCAUCCGGCUCGGAGGCCCCUUGUUUGGUUAA